GCAUAUAGACUAUAAAAGGCUGGAGUCCGCCUGUGUGCCUUUACAGCGCUUUGCUCUUUCUUCACAUCUCUAUUCUUCUGCUCUUAACUACGAGAUCACAAUCAUGUCAGACAAACCCAACCUGGACGAAGUGGCCAGCUUUGACAAGACCAAGCUGAAGAAGACCGAGACACAGGAGAAGAAUCCUCUGCCUUCAAAAGAGACCAUCGAACAGGAAAAGCAGGCAGGAACGUCAUGAAACUUCCCAUCGAGACUUCACUAUGCACUGCACUGCCUUCAUCUCUUCACCUUUUCUUUUUCUAAAAAAAUGUCUCAUUUCUUAAGACCGAAAAAAAGCCCAAAACCCUACGAUGCGUUCUGAUUGGAUGAAACAAAACUCUGCCCCGUGGCCUCGUGCAUCCUUAAUAUUAUUAUUAUUAUUAUUAUUAUUAAACAACUAAAAGAGAAAGAGCUCACCCCUGCGAAGGAAGACAGACGAAGGAGUUCAUAAAGAGGAUGCAGAGGAGGCGGGGCUUUGGCUUUAGCUUCAGGGCGGGGCUGAGAGUUUGAUUGACAGCUGCCUGGGACUUUACAAUCCAAACCCUGUGGCUGAUUGCUGAAGAAAAUCAUGCAGUGUUUUGGUUAAUUUCUUUUUUUUUUUGCAAAGUUCAAUGUUUAAGAUUAUUUGAUAAUCUAAAGUUUAAACCUUGGAAUGCACAAUAUUUUGUUUAUGCAAAUAAAAGUUAAAAGAAAAGCUGUA